UAUAUACAUCCGGUUCCUGUUUCUUUUUGACAUGGCGCAGGCUGUGUCACGCCGCUCGACUGGCACAAGUCGCUUUCUACUGCCUCGCAGUUGUCCAGUCGCUUCUGUCACGACGCAACAAACACUUUCUCCUCACUCGUGAAAGUUGAUUCAUAAGGCCGUCCUACGUUUGGUGUAGCUAGCUUUCGGGUAACUGCUCUCCACAGCGUCUCUUCGUAUGGCGCCACGACCACUGGCUGCCGGCACCAUGUGGGUAGAGCUAGGGCAUUGACGUCGUGUCCUUCACGUCGGACCAUUCGUGUUUUCGUUACUCCGUGCCGUCGUUUGUUCGCCGGCGGAGACUGAAUUGUGCGUCGCCAAUCCGUCGUGUCUUCUUCCCCUCACCUUUCAUGCGGAGUAGCGCCCGUCGUGCGACGAUUCCGACCGCCUCGAGAGCUGCCAACGAUUGCGUGCCGUAUGUGCUGAAGUUUGCGAGGACAACAUGGUCAAGAAGAAGAAGAAGCAUCAGGAGGAUCCGGCGGACGACAUCCUCGAUUCCUCAAGCGAUGAAGUUGGAGAUGCAGCCGAAGGAGGUUCCACAACCUGCUCUCACCAGCGUAGCUCAGUCGGCUUGCGUCGGCUACGGCAGCAGGUGCUGCGAAAUCCGGUGCGACUGGACGUGUGCGACGACUGUGAGGAUGGUGAGGCACAGCCCGAGACGUGGCUGUGCCUGCAGUGCGGCCAUCGAGGUUGUGGUGGGACGGCAAAGCAUGGAGUGCGCCAUUCGGAGACUCCGCGCUCAGACUCGCAUGCCCUUGCACUCUCGGGUCAGACACUGCAGCUGUGGUGCUUUCCUUGCAACAACUGGGUGGAGGCUAAUCCACAGGUGACACAGAUAGUACAGAACCUGAAGAAAAAAAUGGCUUCCAGCAGCAAGAAAGCCAAAGCAGCGGUAGUCCAGGUGGAAGGUGAAGAGCCGGCAGCGGAGACCAACGGUAUUGAUGGUGGAGGUGGGGACAUCGAGGAACAGAAGGUGCCGCAAGGCACCUGGACAGCAGUGAAGGGUCUCAGCAAUCUUGGCAAUACCUGCUAUUUCAAUGCUGUUCUUCAGGGCCUCGGCCAGACGCCACUGUUACAGCCGUUGCUAGCCAAGAGGUGUGCUUCCAAGCUAGAGUGCACAUUUGAUCCUGGUUCAACAGUAGAGGGCUCCGAAACACCAGAAUUGGGUUCCUUAAAUGUGGAGCUUCCUGGACCUGGCCCAUUGACCAGUGCCCUGGCCCUGUUCCUUCAAGAGCUCCGAAUGGGAAGUCCCCAUCCGAGAGCAUUAUUCUCGAAGGUCUGCCAAGUGGCACCGCACUUCCGAGGCCACCAACAACACGACAGCCACGAGCUUCUGCGUCACCUGCUUGAAGGUGUGCGUGCUGAAGAGGUCAAGCGACAAAAACAAGCUGUAUUGCAAGCAUUUGGACUGAACAGUAAGGUGGACCCAAACAAGGUUGAGCCAGACACCAAGGCUAAGAUUCAAGCGUACAAGAAAGCCGUAGCUCGCACACCACUGGAUGACAUAUUCGGUGGAAUCCUGCUCAGCACGAUCAUUUGCCAGCAGUGUGGUAAAGUGUCUCACAGGGAAGAACCUUUCCAGGACCUGUCCUUGCCCAUCCCCGAGGAGAAGCCACCCCGGGGAAGGGCUCGCAGGAAAGCCUGGAGGGCAGGUAGCAGCGCAGUGGCCAAGACCCCCAAUCGAGAGGCCUUGAGCGGGGGAGGCAUUGACCCAACGGAGGCCGACGAGGAAGACAACGGUGGGUCACCUGGCGAGGAACAGCUGACGGCACAGAUGUCAAACCUCCACCUGCACGAGCCAGCAGCCACCAAGGGCCCAGCCGAGGGAUCGUUGGAGGCCUGCUUGCGAAGCUUCACAGCACCAGAACUGCUUGCUGGGGCCAACGGUCUACGCUGCGAGGGCUGCAAGUCGGCACGUGCAGCAGCAAGCCUGCAGCUGCGUGUGUUCGAGGCUCCUAGAGUUCUGACGCUGCACCUCAAGCGCUUCCAGCAGGGUGCCACAUUGCGGAAGGUGCAGAAGCACGUGCCGUUUCCCAUGGAACUUGACCUGACACCGUUUUGUUGCAGAGACGUAGAGAUGAAGGCACCAGCGACCUACAUUCUCUACGGAGUUGUGGAACAUGCUGGCAGGAUGACGGGCGGCCACUACACUGCCUACGUGCGUGGUGCCGGCGGCAGCUGGUUUCACGCCAGCGACAGUAGAGUGGUGCCCGCAACGCAACAGAAGGUGCUGGCCAGCCAGGCUUACCUGCUCUUUUACUGUCGUGCUGACACACUGCAAGAAUAAAGAUGCCACAAGUCUGCCUGGAAGAUUUAAAAA